GUUGAGGGCCAGUGGAGCGGCGUCUGUGAGGAAUGGGCUGAGGAGCGGGCGCGGAUCAGUAGUGCGCGUGAGGAUUGGGAGGCGCGCGUGCGGGCUGCCGAGGAGGGGUUUGACGGCGCCGUCGCGAAGGUGGAUGCCGGGCUCGCGACGCUGCAGCAACACACCAGCUCAAGGCAAACGGGAACGCGCGCAACGGCGUCGGGCUCGUCACGCCUCCCAGUCCGCGCAGUAUCUCGUCUGACUCGGGCAAGCGUCAUCGGCGGAAACGGCCGGCGACCUCCCGGGGCUGAUCGCGUUCGCACUCGGCCGAUUGAAUAAGGACGACGGUGGGUACGCGAGCUCCCAAAGCACGCGCGCGCGUGCCUUGGGCGCAGGACGAUUCGGACUCGGACGUGCGUCACGCAAGCGACGAUGCGAGGAUCAUGUCCUUGAAGCACUAUCCCAUCACCCCAGAGUCGUCGGUCCGGAAGGCAUCGACAGGGUCCACGACGACGAUGAAGACGGAAGACGACGCCGCACACGCCUCGUCUGCCGCCGCCGCCAAUCUGAAGGGCGCACACCUGGCGCCAAUGGUUCAACAUUCAGCACAGAUGUCGACGACGGUGGGCGUGCUCAUGCUCAGCGUCGCCGCCUUGGCGGUGCUAUGGCGUAUCAAAGGAUAAUAGUUGCCGGGCAAAUCUCACGGUCCUUUUAUUAUGGUUCAAUCCCUGCGCAC